AUGCCCUCCGAACCUACAAAGGCCUCUAACGCAGGCAUCAUCACGGAUGAUGCCGGCGAACGCCAGAUCCCCGAGUCGAAGCGAGCGGACGGUAGCGUUCGCAAAGCCAUCAAAGUUCGCCCCGGCUACCGCCCCCCUGAAGAUGUCGAAGUCUACAAGAAUCGCACUGCCGCAGGGUUCCGUGAUCGUGCGACAAGAGGCGGUAUUCCUGGUGCGACGGGCCUGAAGGAGGAAAAGCCGGACGCCUCCUCUUCCGCCGCAAGUAACAAGAAUGCAAAGCGUCGAGAAGCGCGAAAGAAGGCCAAGGCUACCGGCGAGGAGGAAGGGGACGAUACGAAGCAGACCGGUGGUGACGACAAUGCUGCCAAGGCCGAAGAGGCAGACCCCGAAGUCGAGAGAGAAAAGAAGGCUCGGAAUCUUAAGAAGAAGCUGAAGCAGGCAAAGGACCUCAAGGACAAGAAGGAAGGCGGAGGGACGCUUCUGCCUGAGCAGAUCGCCAAGGUCAUCAAGAUCAAUGAGCUUAUUCGUGAACUUGAUGCUUUGGGAUUCGAUGCUGAAGGAGAGCCCAAAACUGGCAAUGGAGCCGACAGAGAGUCCAAUGCGAAGGAAUCAUCCAAGGAAGCCUGA